UCACCCUAACUGUAAUCGUGAUGUUUUCAUUUCCAUGUGCGAAGUAUAUUUACGUCCUUUUUAAAUUAGUAGGAUGGCUUUUUUGAAUGAAUUUGGUAUUAUUAGAACUUUAGACGAUGCCGAUGUAAUCGCCUCUGAUGUUGAUAGUAGUGAAGUUGAUGAUGAUGAACUGCACGAAUCAGAAAAAUUUUCAUCAAACUUCAUUUUUGAUGAAAAUGCUUUCCAAAAUGCUUCUUGGAAUGAUUUUUCAAAAUUUCGGAGUAAGCCAAGUACAUUAGAAGAAAAGAUUGCUCAAAUUAGAGAAGAAAGGCGCCAAAGGAAGUUGAAUAAACUGCAAAAUGUUGUGCAGAAUAAAGCAGAAGAGAAGGAAAACCAAGCUGAAGAAAAGCUCCAGCAGCAUAGUGGUAUACUAGAAAGUGAAACAGAGGAAUUAGCUGUUUUAUCAUCUGAAAAUGAAGAUAUAAAUGAUGUUCUAAAGGUGAAAAAGAAAAAGAAGAAGAAGAAAGGACUAUUUGAGACUGACAAAGUUGUUUCAAUAGAUGGUGAUAUUGAUAGAAUAUUUGGUGAUGAAGUGCAAUAUGAUCCAUCUAUGACAUUUCAACAAAUGAAUCUUUCUAGACCAUUGCAAAAAGCUAUUACGACUAUGAACUUUCUUCACCCAACUCCUAUUCAGGCAGCAACAAUUCCUGUGGCAUUGAUGGGUAAAGAUAUUUAUGGCUGUGCUGCCACUGGAACUGGUAAAACUGCUGCAUUCAUGCUUCCUGUAUUAGAGCGUUUGCUUUUUAAACCUAAGGACAAGCCUGUUACCAGAGUUUUAGUUUUGUUGCCUACAAGGGAACUUGCUGUUCAAGUGUAUCAAGUUUCAAAACAGCUGGCUCAGUUUACUAAAAUUGAAAUUGUUUUAUCUGCUGGUGGUCUAGAAUUGAAGGCCCAAGAAUUAGCUUUGAGACGUAUACCUGAUAUUAUUAUUGCUACACCAGGAAGACUACUUGAUCAUCUUGAAAAUACUCCUUCUUUCAAUCUUCAUUCUAUAGAAAUAUUGAUUUUGGAUGAAGCAGACAGAAUCUUGGAUGAAUAUUUUUCUGAACAAAUGAAAGAAAUCAUUAAGCAGUGUUGCUAUGAAAGGCAGACUAUGUUGUUCUCGGCUACUCUUAAUGAUGAAGUGAAAGAUCUUGCAGCUGCUGUAUUGAAAAAACCUGUCAAAAUAUUUAUUAAUAACAACACUGAAGUAGCCAUGAAUCUUCACCAAGAGUUCAUUCGCAUCCGACCAAACAGAGAAGCAGACAGAGAAGCCAUUGUAGUAGCUCUACUUUCUCGAACAUUUCAAGAUCGUGUCAUGGUGUUUGCACAGACUAAAAUGCAAGUUCAUAGACUUUAUAUAAUCUUUAGUUUAAUGGGCAUUAAAUCUACUGAACUGCAUGGAAAUAUGAAUCAGCCUCAACGAUUAGAAGCUCUUAGAAAAUUCAAAGAGGGAGAAGUAGAUGUUUUGGUCGCCACUGAUGUGGCUUCAAGGGGUUUGGACAUUCCCAAUGUUAAAACAGUUAUCAAUUUCACCUUGCCUUGUACCCUUCAACAUUAUAUCCAUCGUGUUGGUAGAACAGCCCGUGCUGGACGAAUUGGAAGAUCAGUUUCUAUGGUUGGGGAAAAAGAGCGAAAACUAUUGAAAGAAAUAGUAAAAGAAGCCAAGAAUCCUGUCAAACAUCGAAUUGUGCCUCUAGAAAUUGUCAGCAAAUACCAAGAACAAUUGAAAUCUCUUGAAGAUGAUAUUUCUCGAGUUAUGAAAGAGGAGAAAGAAGAUAAAGAGCUUCAUGCAGUGGAAAAGAAUGUCAAAAAAGUUGAGACUAUGAUUAGUAAAAAUGCUGAAUCUGAUCCAAAGAGAACCUGGUUUCAGACUGCUGCAGAAAGAAGAAAAGAGAAAAUGGCUUUAAAAUUGGGGAAUAGUAAAGCAAAACGUAAAAAAGGAGUUGUACCAUCUACAAAUGAUCGCAUAGAAGUUGAACUUUUGAAAGCUGCUCAGUAUCAGGCAAGAUUAGCAAAAAAAUCUCAGAAACCACAAAGAAUUAGGGCUAUUACUGAGGAUGAAAACAAUUUUAAAUCAAAGAAACAUAAAGUAAAUAAAAUGAAACGAUCUUUUGAAGAAGAACUUGGUGAUACCAGAAGAACCACUGUAAAAAAAUUCAGAUAUGAAGCAACACAUCAUGAGAAAAUGAAAAAUUUGAAAGAAAUGAAGCUCAAGAAUAAGCCCAAUAAAAAAUUCAAAUCAAAAAGCAGGUAUCGUCGGAAGAAAUGACCUUGUAACAAAGAUUGUAAAUAAUGAAUUAAAAUGAAUAAAUUUUAUUGAAUUAUUAUUGAA